CAGCGUGGCGGUGGGGUUUUAAGCAGCCCGUUUCAUCUGCUGCUGCUGCUGCUGCACCAACGUUAUUUUCCUCCCCGUUUUCUUCUUCUUUUUAAAUCUGUGCAUUAAAAUAAAGAAGCCACAAAGAUGCCAGCUGAUACCAUGGAGAAACCGACGGCGUCCCCUCUUGCAGGAGCACCUGCCAGUUCUAGCCAGACGCCGGACAAGCCCAAAAGUGCCAGCGAACACAGAAAGUCUUCCAAACCAAUCAUGGAGAAGCGACGUCGUGCAAGGAUUAACGAAAGUUUGGGCCAACUCAAGACCCUCAUCCUAGAUGCCUUGAAAAAAGAUAGUUCCAGACACUCAAAGCUAGAGAAAGCGGAUAUUCUGGAAAUGACGGUAAAGCACCUGAGGAACCUCCAAAGAGCCCAGAUGACAGUUCUGAGUGCUGAUCCUACCGUUCUAGGCAAAUACCGAGCCGGAUUUAAUGAGUGCAUGAACGAAGUCACCCGUUUCCUCUCCACCUGCGAAGGGGUGAACACAGAAGUCCGCAGCAGGCUGCUGGGUCACCUCUCCACAUGCCUGGGUCAGAUUGUGGCCAUGAAUUAUCCCGCUCCACCACCACCACCACCACCUCCAACCACGAGCGGACAGCCUGCACAUCUGGCUCAACCUCUGCAUGUACAGUUGCCAGGCCCAGCAGCAGGAACUGGGGCGAUGCCGGUGCCCUGCAAACUUAACCCUGCCGAAACCCUCUCCCCGAAGGUCUAUGGGGGAUUUCAGCUGGUGCCAGCUACUGACGGACAGUUUGCUUUUCUCAUCCCAAACCCUGCGUUCCCACCUGGCACAGGGCCCGUGAUCCCUCUUUAUGCCAAUGCAAACAUGCCAGUUUCUGCCGGCAGCUCAACAGCAACUCCUUCCAUGUCCCCAGUGCAAGGGCUCACAUCCUUUGGGGGAAACUUAGUGCCUGUCUCCCAAGCCGGAGGGGAACGCAGCGAAACUGUCUGGAGACCUUGGUGACUUUCCUCUGACACGCACAUAUAUCCAAGAGACUCUGAAUUUGGUUCCGUUGUAUGGAACCUGGACUCCUCUAUAUUUUUUUGUUGGUUGCAUUUCCCCCAAAAUCUAUUUAUUCAUUUCCAAAGGUUGAGAUUUCAGUUUGUGUUUUUACGGCUUUUUUUUUAAUUAAAACAAAACAUGUUAUGUGAACUACUUAUGUGAAAUACUUCUGUUUAUUAAAACCUAAGGAAAGUCUUAGUUUUGUAUCAAAUAUUCCCACAUACUAUGCCAAAGCAUUUUUUUGUGAGUCUGUGUAUGUCUGAGGUUUUGUUUUUAAAGAGCAUUCGAAGAUGUUUGUACAAA